CUCAACUGUUCUCCGUCGUCCAAUGGAAUGUUAAGAAACUGGGGGCUUGUUUUUUAACUAUUAAUAAUUCAUGUGAGAUUAUUCAACUGUUAAACCGUUAUUUUAAUAUUAAGAAUAAUCAAGAGUGACUGUAGUAUCCCAAGGCUUUGCGGAUAUUUUAUUGGUCUUUUUGCGAAAAAUAAAUAAUAAAUAAAAUAAAAUAAAUACAAAUCACCGAUCCUGGGAUGCUACGUUUAUUUAGGAUGUUUGUUUUAUUUAUCCCAUUUUCUAUCCGAUCCUGACUCGCUCCAGUAGAGUAUAGCUACGUUAAGGAUGCUAUGAUUAUCUGCUUCCCCUUGCGCUAUUAUAAAACUCUAUGGUGUUGUGCCCUCACGCAUUUAGAUGGCGAUCUCGCACUCCGGCCAGUUGCAUCAGUUCCUGUGUGCGCGUGUAAAUGGCUGUGCCGUGGCUGCUCCACGCUACUUUUUAUUCCCAGGACGCAGAAUAGUAAUAAAUCCUCCUCUGCUACGAAAGGCUGUGAUCAUAAUAAAGACGUCACCCUCCAGCUCGGGUUGGUUCAACCGAGCCAAGUGCGCAGCUAUUUGUAAGCUACAACAACAACAACCUCCAGCACCAUGCCCAUGGAUAAUGUAGGGAUUUCUCUGAGAUCCCCUCGCCGUACGGAGACGAUAUCUGCGUCAGAUCCAUAGCAAAGACUGCCUUAAAUUGCUCCGGAUCUCUCUACUAUUUAAAAAAAAAAUCAACAACAAAAAAAACACAGAGGGACUUGAUCGCGUUGCAGGCUGUUGUCGCAACAAAUAGGACGCAAGACGUGGAUUUAAAGAGGGGGGCACUCUUUCAAAGAUUGAAUGGGGAAGUUUAAUUUUUGCAUGAGAGGCUAAGUGACGUAGCAUACCCUAUUACAAGAGUCAUGGAGGAAACAGCUGCAGAAACCCCAACCCCUGGCACCGGCGUUGCCCCGCCGGCUCCGAGACCUCAGCCAUCCUCCUUUGUCCCUUCCCGCAGCCUGCUGGAGUGGAGACGGAGGGUCAAGUCUGAGUACAUGCGCCUUCGCCAGUUAAAACGCCUUAAAAAAGCAGAAGAGGUUAAGACCCUGUUCAUGUUAAACAGGCAAAAGAUUGAGCAGAAGACAAAUAUCCUGAACACUGAAUGGUCCAAGCUCAGGAUUCAGUCCAUCCCUCUGUCUAGUGGAGCUAUGCCCAGUAAGAAGAUGUGUUCAGUCGAGUUCGGCUUCCCGGGAUUCAAAGCUCAAGCCGUCUCCAUGAGACCACUAUCCACCGUGGCUGGAAUCCCGUUCAUGUACUCCUGGUCGCCUCUGCAGCACAACUUCAUGGUGGAAGAUGAGACGUUCCUUCACAACAUCCCCUACAUGGGAGACGAGGUCCUGGAGCAGGAUGAGGCCUUCCUGGAGGAACUCAUUGAUAACUACGACGGUGUCCACGGUGACAGAGAGGGGGGGUUCAUCAGCGACGAGAUCUUUAAAGAGCUGGUGGAAGCUUUGAGUCAGUACUCGGACCAUGAGGAGGAGGAAGAGGAGGAGGCGGCGGCGCUGGCGGUGGAGGUGCCAGGGAAGAAAGAGGACGAGAGAGCAAUGAGGAGGAGCUCUGUGGAGGGCGCAGACGAGACCAAAGCCGGAGCUGUGGCAUUCAUCAGGAGGAAGAGGAGAAGCACUACUGAGGUGAGGGACUUGUCCGGCAACAAGAAGAUCCCCAACGAUAAGAUAUUUACAGCCAUCGCCUCGAUGUUCCCCUACAAGGGCACCACGGAGGAGCUGAAAGAAAAGUACAAGGACCUCUUGGAGCCCCCCAGCCCCGUGAAGCUCCCUCCCCUCUGCACCCCCAACCUGGACGGACCAUUUGCGAAGUCUGUGCAGCGGGAGCAGUCGUUACACUCCUUCCACACGCUCUUCUGCAGGCGUUGCUUCAAAUACGACUGUUUCCUCCACCCCUUUCACGCUACGCCCAAUGUUUACAAGAGGAAGACUAAGGAGAUCCGCAUGGAGACUGAACCAUGCGGCGUGGACUGCUUCCUGUUACAGAAAGGGGCUAAAGAGUUUGUGGAUCAGAACAUGUUACGGUCACAGAGGUCUCGGAGGCGACGGAGACAGCAGCGGCCCACCAGUUCCACUUGUCCCGGCCCGUCCGCUGAGGAAGGCAAAGAGGGCGACAGCGACCACGAAACCACCUCCUCCUCAGAGGGGAAUUCUCGGUGCCAGACUCCCACCAAGCUGCGUCCAGGGGAUGAUGACGGGGAGCAGCAGGCAUGCUGUGUGGUCCAGUGGAGUGGGGCAGAAGAGUCUCUGUUCAGAGUGCUUCACGGCACAUACUUCAACAACUUCUGCUCCAUCGCUCGCCUUAUCGGUACCAAGAACUGCAAGGAGGUGUACGAGUUUGCGGUGAAAGAGGUGCUCAUCCAUCGUGUUCCCUUGGACGAUGGAGGCAUCUCGCCCCAGAAGAAGAAAAGAAAACACAGGUUAUGGGCAAAGAUUCAGCUUAAGAAAGAUAACACAUCCAAUCAGGUGUACAACUAUCAGCCAUGUGACCACCCCGACCACCCAUGCGACAGCUCCUGCCCUUGUGUGAUGACCCAGAAUUUUUGCGAGAAAUUCUGCCAGUGUGAACACGAGUGCCAGAACCGCUUCCCAGGCUGCAGGUGUAAGACUCAGUGCAACACCAAACAGUGUCCGUGCUACCUGGCCGUGAGGGAGUGUGACCCUGAUCUCUGCAUGACCUGUGGGGCUGCAGACCACUGGGACAGCAAAGUGGUCUCUUGCAAGAACUGCAGCAUCCAGAGAGGCUUAAAGAAGCACCUGUUGUUGGCCCCGUCAGAUGUGGCCGGGUGGGGCACCUUCAUCAAAGAGUCUGUUCAGAAGAAUGAGUUCAUAUCUGAAUACUGCGGAGAGCUGAUCUCUCAGGACGAAGCUGACCGACGGGGAAGGAUCUACGACAAAUACAUGUCGAGCUUCCUUUUCAACUUGAACAAUGACUUUGUCGUGGAUGCCACGCGGAAGGGGAACAAAAUCCGCUUCGCAAACCAUUCGGUUAACCCCAACUGCUACGCAAAAGUGGUGAUGGUGAAUGGAGAUCACCGCAUCGGGAUCUUUGCCAAACGGGCAAUCCUGCAAGGAGAAGAGCUCUUCUUUGACUAUAGAUACAGCCAAGCGGAUGCCCUCAAAUAUGUGGGAAUAGAGAGAGAAGUAGACAUGACUUAGCUUCAUCGGCGCCGCACCUGCGUAACCUGUCCUCCUCGGCCACCCACUAUCGCUUCCUCUCCCUCUCUGCGGCAUCACAUCUAGCUGGCAGGUUUCUUUAAACAGUCGCUGCACCCUCUGCUGCACUUCCAAAAAUAGAAAGUCCCUCCCCACUGUUUGCAGGUGCUCCUGCUCUGCAAACACCAUACAGUACCACCUCCCCCAGUGGCAGCCGCUAGCUCUCCCCCAUCAUCUGCCCUCCUACCUAACUACCUACCUACCUACCUACAUACCUGCAAAACUGUAUACACCAAGCUUAUUAAACUAAACUAUUUAAAGUGGAAACAUUAUUAAUCCAUAUUGCUUACUGCACCAAGAGGAUCUCACACGUUUUUAUUCCAUCUUGUCAAUAAGGCUGCAUUUAUCCGUUAUACAGUGUGUUAUUCUGAGCUGUUCUGUUACUGUACUUAUAGACUGGCUUUUCGUUUGACAUCUCAAUACAUAAUACAAGCUUUUACAGCAUACCUAAUGAUAAUCAGUGAAAUGCAUGUUGCCGUCUUCUGACAAACCCAUCCAUUAACACACGUUAGCCACAGCAUUUAGCUUCCGUCAGAUGCCGUUCCUGUGCGGUCACUCAGUGUUUGUAGUAUGAUGUUACCCUCCGGUUGUUCUGCAGAGGGACGUGACCAGGUUUGACAGCUUGGCAUGUUCCCCUGCGAACCCUUUUCAGCAAGCUAGGGUCACCACGUCUUUACAGAGAAUAAAGUAAUUGUGCAUUUAUAUCAUUCUUCAGCAAAAAUAGGCAACCCGGACGAGAAACCGACUGACUGAAUGUAACCUGUAGAUGGUGGUGAAGAGAUCUCAUCCCUCCUUUCAUUGUACGCAUUAUCCUGUUAUUGGCAGUCAGAGCAACUUACAGACAGCAGACAUUUAUCAUUAUGUUUACGCAAUCUUGAGGCCAGACUCACGCCUUUCACCGGGCAAACUAUUAAGAAGUAGUCGGAGAGUAAAUGUCUUGAUGAGAAAUACGAUAAAGUGCCAAAUGAUUCCACGCGGGAAGGCGGAUGAACCCUUGUGGACGUCUUGCGCAAUUAGCAGUGGUUGUUAUGACAAUGGGAAAAGUAAACUUGUCAAUGUUUGACCAAAUACUAAAGUCCCCCACAUGUGAAUGUAAAAUAUAAUUUAUCAUCUUUUCUCUUUUGUACGUCCAGAUUUGUCAUUCACUCGGAUUUCAUUUGAAGCCCCCUCCCUUUAAAAUGAGAUCUUUCUCAACAGAGAAGAACAAAAUGGAGUUUAAUGCUAUGUACAGUGUAUGCCUAUAAAAAUAAAAGUUUAACUUUAUACAUUAA